UGUUUCAGGUGCGCCGCCGACCUGCAGCCGGUGCUGGAGCUGGACCUGCGCGGCUGCCGCGUCACCUCCAAGGACAAGCGAGGCAAGAAGAUGCCSCACGCCCUGAAGGUGACGGGGACGGCCGGAGAGGUGCUGGUCAUCGGCUUCCAGAGCCGGCAGCAGGCUGAGGACUGGAGGAAGGUGAUCGAGGAGGUGAGCAGCGAUGCUCCGAGCGGGCUGGCAGCGCUCAGCGCYCCAGGGUCACCCUCCUCGAGGCUCRGCAGGCUCGGCCCGGAGGAAGAGCAGGAGCAGAGGGAUCGCUCCCGGCACAGCCCUGCCCGCAGCCCGCGACCCGGAGAGGAUUCCAAAGGAGGGUUCCUGGCGGUUCGGCUGCGCGGCCGCUGGCAGCGCCUGUGGUGCGCGGUCCGGCACGGAGCCCUGCGAAUGUUCSCGGAGCCCGGCGCUGCGCAGCGCCCCGUGUGCGCCCUGCGCCUGGACGGCUGCGAUGUGUCCCCGGGGGCGGCAGCGGGCUCACCCCAAAACCUCCGGAUCCGCAUCGCCCAGCGCGGCCGGGAGCUCGCCCUGCUGCAGACCCGCUCGGACGAGGAGAGGGAAGCCUGGCUGAAGACCCUGCAGGCCAGGGGAGGAGAGGAGGUGAAGAAGAGUCCCCCGCCCAGGCCCCCCCGGCCGAGCAGCCGCCCUGCUGCCGGGGGGCUGCUCCUGCGCCGUGUCCCGACCCCCAACACCUACAUGGACGACCCCUUCGGGCAGCCCCCGCCAGCUGAGACCCCCAAGCAUCUCUACUCCAACGCGGAGMGGCUGCAGCAGCUGCAGCAGAGCCUGGACCGGGCAGGRCAAGGGCAGCGCAGGAGACCCGUGUCGGCCCUGCCCACCUGUGCCAGCAGCGGUGCCCGCCCCUCGCAGGCAGCACCACCGGCAGCUCCCCGUGCCAGACCCGCCAGCGCACAGCUACCAAAGGACAGCCCCAACCUCCAGAGCAGGGAUUUGUCCCGCUCCCAGCACACCCUGACGCUGCCGGAGAGGAAGGGGACACGGGACGGGCUGGAUGGCCUCAUCGGGAAAAGAGCUUUCCCCAAACUGGAGGAGAAGGUGGGGCAGCUGGAGAGAGCCUGCCGUGUGAAGGGCAGGCUGAAAGCCGGCUCCGAGAUGAACCUGCUGGCCCUCGGCAAGUCACUGAAGGGCCACAUCGCCGCCACCGCCAGCUCGGCYGGCUCCGAGGGAUCGUUCCUCAGGCCGCUGCUGAAGAGAACGAGCUCCGCGAGGAGCGCCCUGCGGCCGCCCCCAUCCCCCGUCAUCGUGGAGAGGGGAAACGUGAUGCAGAAAACAAAGGAGUGGGAGAUGAAAUCUGCGAUGUAACCGGAGAAGGAGUCUCCC